UGUGGCACUGGUUAAACCAUGUCACAUGACAUGUGGUGCCAGACCUUGGGGUUUUGGUCUUAAAUGGCUUGCCAACAGCAGAGGGGGCACAUGGACUGUGUUCGUUUUGGGAUUCUCUUUGAUGUCAAAGCUUUGUCUCAGUAUCAUCGUCUACUCAUCUUUCUAUGACUCUGAAGCCUCCUGCUCAACCCGAGCUGGAACCAAAGAUGAACUGGGCUUCCUUCUACACUGUGAUUAGCGGGGUCAACAGACACUCCACUGGCAUCGGUCGAAUAUGGCUCUCUGUCCUGUUUAUAUUUCGUAUUUUGGUGCUUGUUGUUGCCGCGGAGACAGUAUGGGGUGAUGAGAAGUCUGGGUUUACCUGUAACACUCAGCAGCCAGGGUGUGAUAGUGUCUGCUAUGACCACUUUUUCCCCAUCUCUCAUAUCCGCUUGUGGGCACUUCAACUCAUCCUUGUCUCCACUCCUGCUCUGCUGGUUGCAAUGCAUGUAGCCCACCGGCGUCAUAUUGACAAAAGGAUCUGCAAACUGUCUGGGAAGGCCAGUCCCAAAGACCUGGAACAGAUAAAAACACAAAAGAUGAAGCUCACAGGAGCACUAUGGUGGACCUAUGUCAUCAGCCUUGUGUUUAGGAUCAUAUUUGAAGUCACUUUCAUGUACUUGUUUUACAUGAUCUACCCAGGAUACAAGAUGAUACGCCUGGUGAAGUGUGACUCGUACCCCUGUCCCAACACGGUGGACUGCUUUGUGUCCCGUCCCACGGAGAAAACUGUCUUCACCGUCUUCAUGUUAGCCGUGUCUGGGCUGUGCAUCCUGCUCAACAUUGCAGAAGUAGUUUUCCUGGUGGCAAAAGCCUAUAGUAAGCAUUUAGGUAACACUGGGGAAUCAAGCAUAGGAGACUGGUUACGCCACAAACUCUGAACAAAAUCUGUGAAAAGUUAACUUAAAGGUGCAAUAACUUC